GAGACCCGGAGCUGUAGAAACAGGAACCCUGAGGGGCUGAUAAACGGCACGGGGUCGGCUUCACGCUGGACACGUCGGGGACGCUUCCUGUCCCGAGAUAACAAGGCUGCUGCUUGUUGACGGGCAGGACACGGCUGACGUGCGUCCAGAUGAAUCAUGCGAGGGUCUCCGGGCAGCACAGGCUCCUGACCAGGCCGUGUCUCCUUGUCCGUGCCCAGAGUCUGCCCUCGGGGACCCUGCUCGUCUGGUGUCAUCGUCAUUGCCUGUCACCCGGGCGGGACAGCGUCCCCCGAAAGUGCUGAGACAGCCCAAGACAGGUGCCGAGAGCUGAGCGGCCAGCUGGCCCGUCCCGACGUGGGGGCCCACGGAGCCACACCUCUGCCUGCUGAACCCACCUCCGGACGCACCAGGAAGCCCGCCAGGCUCCCCUCCAGGGUCCAGACAGGAGCCCCCACCCUCGGACUCACAGUGCAGACCCAGGUGCAGCUUUGGGGCUGGGAUAUGGUGGCCGUGCUGGAUCUUGUGACCUUCCUGGUCGUCCUGAAGUCGGCAUGCUGUGCACAACCACGGCCGGCGCAAGACAAAAUAUCCCCUAUUAUAAACAUGCAGCUGGAUUCAAGGAAAAAAAUGUUAACCUGGACUUACACCAGAAACGUGAGUCACCAGGAAUGCACAAUAGAUACGCCCACUGCCUAUUCCGCCACGGUGAACCCACAGGUGACGGAGGACCACACCUACGUCUGCACCUUCCCCAACUCCGUGCUGCACAGGGGGGCCAACCUGACCGUGAACGUCACUUGCGACGGGGUCGUGUUCCUCCAAGUCCUGACUUUCGCCAACCCAGGCAGGGAAGGUUCCGGAGCCGUGAACUUCUCCUGCCUCAUUUACAACGUGCGCUUCAUGAACUGCAGCUGGGCGCCCGGCCCGGCCGCCCCGGCCGACGUCAAGUAUCGACUGUUCUGGGCGUCCAGGCAUGAGGCCGACGCGGAAUGCGUCCAUUACAUCCUCGGCCCCACGGGGACCCGCGUGGGCUGCCAUUUCGACCAACUGGGCAAACCCCAGAGGACGGAUAAUUACUUCUUCUUGGUGAACGGAACCAGCAGGGAAACGGCGAUCCCGUUUUUGGAUUUCACUCCAUUUAAGGCCGUUCAAAUCGAGAAGUACAAUCCACCCAGGAACAUCACCAUCACCUACAACCAGUCGCACCACAUCAUCCGGUGGGAACAUCCCGAGAUCCGAUUCGACCUUUCGAGUCACAUGCUGUAUUACGAGCUGCACAUCCAAACGCCGGCGAGCUCCGCAGAAACAAACCGUGUUUUCCAAAGGGGACAGGACCCCAACGUGUACCUGAUGCCCAGUUCCACCACCAGAGCCAAGAGCGCCUUCCGGGUGAGGGUGCGUUACAUGUACAACCGACUGUGGAGCGAAUGGAGCCCCACGCAGUGGUUCGGCCUCCCGGAGCAGGAUUUCAGUGGCGCCCUGGUGGGGCCCGUGGUGGGGACGGCGGCUUUGUCCGCGCUCGUCCUCAAGUUCCUCUGCAAACGGUUCUCCGUGAGGCGCAAGAUGUUCCCUCCCAUCCCGCAGGUGAAGAAGGAAAUCGCCAAGGCCCUCAUGCCCACAGCGGGGGUGAGUGACCCCUCCAUCUGCACCCAGGAGGUCGCCUGGGACGAGGGCCACCCCCCGCCAGGCCCCCAGGACCCCGAGGACGUGGUGACGCUGGAGGCAACGUGCUGACGGGCAUGGGGAGGAGGGGAGAUGGCACGUUCCGCCCGCGACCACUUCUGGUACCGUGUGGUGUUAGUGAAAUAGAUAAAUAAAAUAAUGAGACAACAUAAAAUAAGGGAAGGAAA